GGACGCUUUGCUUAUAGGAGGGGCUAAAAUAGACAAGAAAAAAGAGAUCCGCCCAGGCUUGUAAAGAAUCAUCUCUGUGGGAAAAUGAAUUUUUUCGUGAAACGAUAGAUUCAAAUUUUGAUAUAAAACUCCGCAUCUAGUUCUUUUUACAUGUUUUUUAGCUUAUUCCUUGUUUCUAGGGUGGGGCUAGAGCCUCUGGAGUCCUGCCCGUUAGUAUCGCCACUGUGUCAGCGCAAUGUCCAAUAAACGUACAGGAAGAGGAACCCCUUAUGACGUUACUGACGUUGAGUAGAGGGUGAGAAGACCUAGCGGGAGUAAAUUUUAUUCGGACAUUGCAUUUUAAAGAUUCAAUAAAAUUUUCUUAUAAACCCGUUUUUCGGUAAUACUAUGAUAUUGAGUGUACCGCGUAGAUUAACAAUAAAGUUUGACGUCUAAAUUCGCUCUAGAUAAGCAUCAUAUCGGGAGACACUUUCCAAUUAAUAGAAAAAAGGUAUAAAAAAUGUUCUCGGGGCUGACAAACCAAGUCUCAUCAUGGAUGGGCUCUGUAAAGGGUGAGCAAGAGGAAAAGGUCCCAACCCCAACUGAAGACAAUAGUGAUUUAGUCGGGAGUGAUAAGAAAGAUGGAAGUCCAACUAAAGCUAGUGGUGGUAAGUUGGAAAUGCUGUCCAAUGUAAAGAACCAGAUUGAAGGUAUAGGGGGGUGGCUAGGAUCAAGCAUCCCAAAAUUACGAAAGAAUGAAACUGAGGGCCUUCCUGAAGAACAGCCUGAGGCUGUAGAAAAGGCGGUUCUGCCAGGCGACACUGGGGUUCCGAAGGAUGAUGAUGACAAUUCAAGGAAUUAUAGUGCUACUGGUGGUGCAGACUCAGGCCCCCAAUCUGUCGCUGAAUCUCCCACUGAAGAAAAAGAUAGUCAAUUCACUAAUGUACAAACUAAAGCUUUAGCAGGAGCUAAAUCUUUUGGUAGUUUCUUGUAUUCAGCUGUAAAUAAAGCUGGAAAAACUGUAAGUGAAGCCGGCGCUAAAAUUAAGGAGACUGUUGAAAAAAAUGCUAUUCUAACUGAAUUCAACAAAGAGCAAGAGGCUUUUAUGAAAAACCAAAACGCUACAUCUUCAGCUCCGUUACCUCCGUGGGUAGGUUUGGCCAAUGAAGAGUCCAUCAAGGAUGAAUGUCUGAGCCUCUCUACUGAUCAAAGGAACUUCAUACGCAGCCCUCCGGCUGGAGUUGAAUUUGACUUCGACUAUGAAGUCUCAUACCCCAUUGCUAUGGCUAUAAUGGAGCAAGACCCAAAUUUGGAAAAGAUGCGUUACGAACUUGUGCCUAAAAUAAUCUCUGAAGAAAACUUUUGGAAAAACUACUUUUACCGCGUUAGCCUAAUCUGUCAGGCCAGUGAAUUGUCUUCUACGGUAAGGGAAGAUGACAGCCAGCCCAUUGGUAAAACUUCUGAUAACUUAUUAGAAACUGGAAAUAAAGAUGUGCAUGAGUUUGUAUCUGACACACUGAAAGCCAGUAAUGAUGACAUAGUCGACGCUCAAGAGAGAAUAAAAAAAUUGGCUUUAGGAUCUAAGAAUGUUGCCUAAGAAGUCAACGGCAUCUUCGCUUCCCAUUGUUUUCCAUAUACAUAUAUUUGAAACGAAAAUGUCACCAUAACUCUUAUUUUGCCUUAUAGAUUCACAGGCUACUAUUAUGUUGCUUAAUAUAUUACUCUUACUAAUAAUUAUAAAGCAUAGACUAAAAGGUAGAACAGUAUUAAAUCUUGAAAAAAGUUCGAGUAAAUCGACUUUGAAAUCUAUCUUUGCAUGUCAAUACUAUUGUAUUAUGUGUCUUCAUGUCAUUUGACUUUGUUACCUAUUUUAGCCGGAUCUGUACAAACAUUUUCAGUCACUUUCGAGCAUUUAGAUACGUUUUAUAUUAGACUCUCCAGUCUCAACUUGUCAACAAUUCUUUCAUUUGUAUUGUUUGGCGUAAUAAUAUUUACAACAAAUAAUAAUAUAGUCUGAGUUAAAGUUAAAGAUUUACUACCAUCCUUGUUUUUUUCUUAAUCUCCUCCGAAUAGAUUUUGGCAACUAAAUAAAAUAUAUGGCAUCCCAGAACAUGUAUCCGAUCUUUUUGACUCAAGUAGAACACUUAAAAAUAAUGUGACAGUUUAACUUGUGGACAUUUUGACAUUGUAAGGUGAUAUUGCAAGAGUUCUCGCAAAAACAAACCGUUUUUGGCCUGUCUGCCGAAAAUUUGCUAGGUUAAUAAAUGUAUAUGUUAAACAUUAAUUUUCCCAAAAUUUCUACAUUUUUUUUUGACAUGUUGGAUAUUUUUCAUAGAAUUGAGGCUACCUUAAAAUAUUUUUAUAUUAGAUUUAAUUAAACCUAUAAGGUCAAAUUAUUUUGGUUUAGCUUUUAGUUGGAUAAUGUGAGCUUUACAUAUUUCAUUCCUCAGUUAUAUAUUUAUAGUUUGCCAAAUGUUGGUAAUAUUAACAUAACAUCAUUAGCUUCCAUACAAUACACAAUUGAAUCAAAUUUGAGGGGUUAGCUAACAGGUCAAAAUUGUGGUUGCCUUUUUUCUACAGCCUAUUAAUGGCUGGAUAAUAUUACUUUUGAGUGAUCCUACAGCUGAAAAAAAUGUUAUUAUUCAUUUUCUGGAGCGAUUAAUAUGUCGAAAAUGUUUGCACAUAUUCCUUAGUUAUUUUUAGGGCAACAGUGUCCCCUGAUUGAUCUCUUAAAGUUUGUAAAUUAUUAGUAGUACUUAUAAAUAGGGGUCAUAGAUGUUGCUCCUAAAAAAUGACAAUACAAAUUGGAGUUAUGUAAGAAAUACUGUUACUGGAUGUCUUUAUAAAAAAAGUUUCACGCCAUUUCAAAUGAAAAGUGAAUUUUAAUGUAUGGUCAUGUGAAAAAAUUAUAUAUCUAGUAAAAAAUGGAUGAAAGAAAUAUAUAUUUCAUAUUGUAUUAAAAUUCUAUGGUGAUUUUGGCCUUGGUGUCUAGCACAUUUCAAAUUUCAUAAAACUCUCAAGAUGUCAUUUGAACUGGCCCCUUCUAUAUCACUAAUUUCGCUAGACACUUCAGGUAAUCUGAGGAUUUUUUAACAAAUUUAUGUUUUGCUCGCUAUUUGAAGCAGUUACGAAAUAAUUCUGUGCAGUAUUAUAAUUUUCUUACAGUGUGGAAGUAAACGUGUAAAAUUCUUAAAAUUUCUCAGUGUAUAGUGUAACCAUGAAAAUAUACCUACUCGUUGUAUGUCGUAUGUGUACAACUUUUCAUUUGAGAUUGGUUGUUAAGGUGUAGACCCGCCAGUUGCUCAGAAAUUGAUAAUUAUUUUUUAUGGAAGGUAUUUCACAAGGUCAUUUUACAGAGAACAGAACAAUUCCGUGACCAGAGUGUGUACAGGAAGCAAUAUAGGGGAAUGUGGGAUGCGUUUUAUAAGUAAUAAGAUCGACCCAAUCACUUCUCAAACAGUGUCCAGUCGUUAGAAAUGUGUUUGGAAAUCUAAGCUAACAGUCGCAGUCGCAUUGAAACUUACUGACAAUAAAGUUGUUUGCCAUUUCAUGAUAUUUUUGGAAAAGUUUUGAGUUGGAUUACUUCAUACAGCACCGCUACACAAUCAAAUGUUGAUUUCGGCUGGACAGAAUUGCUCCUAAAACGUUUGCCUUGGAUUACGUGUCGUUAUUCUAGCAUACCAUCUUCGACGCUUCCAGUAGUGUCAAGAGUUCGCAAACAUCUUUGUACCUGUUAGCAAUAAUGAAUCUGGUGACGUUCGCGUGAAACUCAGGACCGUGUUUAGAAAGUACAGACGGUUAACAUAGUCAAAAACUGUUUAUUGUUUUAUUAUUACUUGGAACAUAGUAAUGAACAUAAACAGCCAUAUUGUUUAGGUCGUUUUUCUUUUUUACAUAGGAACUUUUCUAAAUAAAAGCGAUGUUAGAAAAUAUGAAUUCGUAGCGUAUAAAAAAGACAACAAAAUACGACUCUGUAUACAGAUCUCGCGUUGAAAGAUAUUUUGAAAUUGCAUGUCACUUGUCGAUAUGGGGUAUUUUGAAUGUUACUAUAUAAUUAGCUGUUAUGUUUGACGUAAUCAAAUAUCGUGAAAAAUACUCUAGAUCCUCCGAUAUAAUUGUAACCUCUCUGUCUCAUUACUUAUGAGACGCACCCCGUUCGUGCUUUUACGAGUUUGCAAAUGCUCCUAUAAAUAUGUUUGCCAUGGGCUAAGUUCUAUUGAUUGGUUUUAAGAAAGGAAGAACUAAAAUAAUGCAAAUCUAUCGAUAGAUUUAUGGUGGAUAAAAAUUUGACAGACGUAUAUGUGGUUUGAGAAGUCAAUCAAAAUAAUAGAUUUGCAUUAUAUGAAGGCUUUUUAUGUUACAAAACAGGAAACUAAGCACUGAGCAUCUGGUUUUUGUUCAAGAUUGCUUAACCGAGUUGGUCUUAUAUUUCUUUUUUGUUUCUUUUUGUUUCUUUUCCUUGUACAUUGUUUUGUAUAGAAGAAGAUUGGGAAAAAGAAUUGGAGGCUGAACUGCAAGAUUAUGAAUUGAUCGAUGAACAUAAAACGGUCGACAGAACUGACAAUUGGGAGAAUGAUAUAGAAGAACUGUUGCAUGAUGAUGAGUCAGAUUUGAAGUAAUUUUUAUUUGUUAAAGAACCAACUCCUAUUUUACUUCAUUGGCUAUAGAUAAUUGGCACAGCAUAUACAAUACUACACAACAGCACUACUUUCUAAACAUAACACUGAAUUUUUGAGCGAUUAUGUAUAUUCGACCUUAAAAGCUCGGUACAUACAGCGAGAAGCUGGAUGCAUGGAUUUGCGGUGCUAUGCAUGAUUGUAUAUGCUACUAUGAGAAUUCCAAAUGUAUUUUCUUUCAUUAUAAUUGCACACUAAGGUAGAACUCGUUGUUAUACAAAAGAAAUUGAAAAGUGAUGAAGACUCCACAAUGAUUAUGAGGCCUAGUAAAAACCAAAUAAGGUAGGUGGACCAUAGAAGGCCUUGUGGUCCCUCGCUGUGUUGACAUCGGCCCCCGAUGUUAAAAUCAUAAUUAAAGCUCACAAUUAAACUUAUUAUUUCGAGUAAAUAAGCUAUUGUUUUCUUUAAUUUUUUUAAUUGUAGAUUUCUAACGCUAUCUGAGCAUUUUGGUCUUACAUAAGAAGGCCAUUUUGGUAGGUUUAAAAUCUUUUUCCAAUAAAAAUUAUAAAGAUUAUUGGUAACUUAUUUGAUAUUGAUGUAAAACUCAUUAAAAUUAUUUUGAAAGUAUUUUCACGAAUACAUUCCUAGUUUUACGAUAGCGUUCAAGUAAUGUUCAUUGAGUGUUUUUUAUAAAAAUGUAUUAUUGUAUUUAGUAUUUCAUUUUAAUGAAAGACCUUUAUAAUUAUGUUGUUUAAGUAACAUAAGUAGAUAUUUUUAUCACAACGUUAGUUUUUGGUUAAGCGACUGAUUUAUUAUAUGGUGCCAAUAAAGAAAAAUAAUUUGUUACAUAAUAAAACAGAGUGUUACUGAAUAAUUAAUUUCUAUGAUUUAUCAUGUAAAUAAAGGACUAAUAACUGUUUAUUUGUUAGCGUGGCCUUCCCUGAUCCAUCCACCUUAUAAAUAUGUUUUCUGUUAAAUAUAGCCAAUGCAAUGGUAAAUAGGGAUGCUUAUAUCGUAAAUAUUCCAAGUAGCAAUAUAUAUGUUGGUGAUGUUUAAUUAAUUAUCAGUUUAAGAAUUGUUUUGUAUUUGUUGGAAUAAAAUGAUAUUCCAUGUUUGUUCUGUUAUUCUUACCAACUCAAUUAUACCUGUUUUUUAAAAACCAUAGUGUAUUGUAAGUACCUGAUAUCUGAAAUCAUUCCUUUAGUAUGAGGAUAUGUGUUCUAUAUAAUGAAGUUUAUAGUGAAUUUUAUUCGAAAUUUCUUUCGAAUAAUUAAAUCAUUGUGAUUUUUUUGUUAUCAAAGUAUUUAAAAAACAGGUGCAUACAUUUGAACAUAUACAUAUAUCUAUAUUCUGUGAUGAACCAUUGAGUAUAUUUAAAUUUAUAUUUGUGCAGCUUCUGAGAUUGAAUUGCGGGCUACACAGCUUAUACAGUUUGACAAUUGACAGAUAAUUCUGAUUGUCCAUGUGAUCAUAUUGCCUCGCGAUUCGUAAAAUCUCGGAAGCGUCAUUUAGAAAAGUAGUAAUAUUUAUUCUGUGAUUUUCCUAUUUUCUCGUGAAAUUUAGAUGUACGUACUAAUAUAACUAUUGUAUCGUGAUUGACGUAUUUGUUUGUGAGUUUAGUUGAAAAUUAUUGUGCAUUUUCUAUAACAAAUUCUCCCGUGAAUGUUUUACGUGUGUUAAAUCAUUAGUACAUAAUUUUACCAAAGUGUUGCGUAAUGAGUAAACAUUUUUAAAAACCUUGUUAAAAAAAGUUUGCGAAGAUUGUUUGAAUAUCUAACUGGUCACAAUACAUAUAAUGGGGGUUUGUAAGCGAGAUGGAAAUGUGGAGUUAGUAGCUCACAUUUUAGGUCACUGUGAGGCCUUAUGGUAUCACCGACGUACCAUACUGAGGUUUAUCGUGCUGGAACCAAAAGGUAUAUGGUAUGCAGGACCCAGAGCCAUCUUGGCUUUUGCAGAAAAGGUUGAUCUCUGGAACUAGAGGCGCAAAAGAACCUACUAAGUGGCCUAUUCAUUCAAUACGCAACACUAAAUACAGUGCUUUGCAAAAAAGUCUCCUCCACUACUUAUUUUUUGAAUGGGAUGAUGAAAUUGACGCAUAAAUACUAUAUUUUAACGUAAAAAUAACAGUGAAAACUUUAAAAUGAUGGCUUGGCACAAGUAAUCAUCAAAACGUUAUAAAAUGUUAUAUCAAUCUUCUUAAUUUGGAAUCGUAUAACUGAAUGUGCAAUAAGAUAUCAGACGUUUGGUUUAAGAAAAUGACAUGAUUCAGACAGUUUUGUCAAAUGGAAUGGUUUGUAUUUUAUUCCAUAUUCGGAUACACCUUUUCAAGAGAAGAAUAAUGAUAUACAGAGUUUUGAUAAUUUGCUUGUCGAGAUAUAAGAGAAUUAAUGUACAAAUGCUCUCAACUUUGACAGCCUGCCAGUUCGUAAGUUUCCAAAAUGGUGAUUUUAUAUUCUAGGGCUAUAAGGAAUCCAAAAUGAGGUAUCGCACGACUUAUAAAUCAACUAAAAAAUAUUGCAAUAUUGGGCCCAGCCACCAUCUUGUAACUUUCAACUGCCAUGUUAAAAUAUAGUAUUCAUGCAUCAGUAUCAUGACCCAAAUUUGAAUAUGCAAACUUAACCCGUUUAGAAAAUGAGUAGGAGGGGUGCUUUUUGAAAAGCACUGUAUAUCAUAAAUUACUCCAUGGGUCACUAAUAAUCCUAAUUGUACAAAUCUGUCACCAAAUUUUGAAAUAUUUCCAUGUGUAAUAAUGUCGCCGUUUCAGUUUUGGAAAAGUAAAUAUAUUACGAGUUUGAAAUGCUUUACGCACAAUUCUUUGAAAUCGAGACAUUUUGAAGGUAAUACAGGCGUAUUCUAGGGCCUUUCCAUCAAUUAAAUAGAAAUAAAAAAUGAGAUUAUUUCAAAUUUGCGAUAGUAACCGGGGUCAUAUUAUUCCAUUAUAUUAUAGAUUUCUUACAUUACCCGUAAAAAAAUUACAUGGAAUAUACAAAAAUCGUGGUCUGCACCUUCAUAGGCUAAUGCUAUAUAUUUUCCAUUUGCUAUGCCCCAGAAAGUUUUAAAGUAUUAUUUGUAAAUAAUUCGUUAAAAUUAACAGAUAUAGCAUACACUGGAUAAUUCAUCCAUCUUAACCUAAAUACCGUUAUUUUGAAAAUGAGUUUUGGAAAACCACCAUUUGGUUCAAGCUUGGCGUUCAGCUUGAAGGUCGCAAUCUCUUGCUGCAGCAUGAAGUAUGUCUUCAUUUGAUUUCUACCGUU